GGUCAGCUCGACAUAGACUACAAAACCUACACCAAACCCAAAUCAAUUAGGAGCAGACGAGGGCAUUCGAUCCAAUUUGUGAUCCCAGCUACAAAGACAGAUGUGUACAGCAAUUCAUUCUUCCCCCGCACAAUUAAAACAUGGAAUAAUCUCCACCCAAGUAUAGUUACCCAACCAGAUACAACCAAAUUUAAAGUAGCUCUUUCUUCCCAAUAACCCUUUCUGGCUUAAGCCCUCCCUUCACCACCUCUAGUUUAAAUUCCAUUUGGAAUAUUUUGGAGGACCAAGAAACAAGAGCUUGUCUGAAGAAGGGUUUCGACCCGAAACGUUGCCCAUUUCCUUCGCUCCAUAAAUGCUGCUGCACCCGCUGAGUUUCUCCAGCAAUUUUGUGUACCUUCGAUCUUCCAGCAUCUGCAGUUCCUUCUUGGCUGAAUGGAUGCCCCAUACGAUGGAGCUGAGAUAACAUUAGUAACAGAAGAGAUUGAAGGCUGCUACAGCUACGCUAAAAGCUUCCAGCCCAAAAAGAAAAAGAAAUGGAAAGAUCAAAGUGAUGAUGGAACUAAGAAAGGCAAGAAGCCCAGACCAGCUUAUUUGCUCUACUAUUAUGACACCCAUUUAAAAGUACAGCAAGACUUUCCUAACUUGCCACGGAGUGAGAUAAACAAGAAAAUCAGUGAAAGCUGGCGGCGUCUCAGUGUUGCAGAGAAGAGUAUUUAUCUUGAAAAGGCAAAACUGGAAAAAGAAGGAAUAGAUCCGAACGAUAAGUUGAUAAGUGCAUCAGCUGCUGUCCCUCCUGCCGAUAUUCCAGGAUUCCGCAAGAUACUUCCCCGUUCCAACUACAUCAUAAUUCCUACCUCCAAUUUGCCGGGCGACAGAAAUGGUCGGCAGCUUGCGCAGUCUCCCACUCCGCGGGGAGGCGAUGGGAAUUCCGUCUGGCAGACCAUCACCCACGACUCGAUACAGAGUCUCUUUACUGUCAGCGGCACACUUGCAGACGCUUGCCAUGUGGAGAACACAGAGGAGAGCAUUGCCAUCGACGGAAUCACCGACGAGACCACCUUCGUUCACACGGAAACGAUGCAGGAGAUGCUGACUCAGUUCUCUAAUUCUGGAGAUGAUAAAUUGGCAGCAGAACUUGGCGGCAGCAAGACCUCUUUGGAAUUAACUCAUCCCUAUGACUCGCCUUGUGUUGUCAUUGAAGGAACGCUGAUAAGUACAUGUGACAAUGUGCCAGAAAGUGUAACCAGCUGCAGUGAGCAGCAGGCAGCAGAGACUACUCCUGUCAUAGCUGUGUUGUCCAAUCCGAGCAAGCUGGCUGCCAGCCUCACCAGCCACUGUGCUGUCGAACAAACUAUUGGUAUUAGCAGCAAACAGUCCAUCUUUGCCCAGAAGACAACGUACACACGAAGAGGCCGUGGGACUUGUCCACAUCCAAACUGUUUGUUUACAUACGUCACCAGGCACAAACCUCCACAGUGCCCCAGUUGUGGCAAGUGGCUGGGAGGGAAAUGGAUUCCAAAGGGUAAACAGCCGCAGGUGCUAAACGUACACGUGGAAUGCAAUCAACAGAAGCACAGCAAGGAAAGAGCGGAUGUGACUGUUUGUACAAAGGACACAGUGCAGUCGAGUCUGGAGAGUUCGCAGGCCGUGACGCAGCUUCUAAAUGUAGCUUCAGACCAUCACCGGGAUGAGGAGCAGCAAUCGAUGCGGGCUAGUUGGCAGCAGACCGUGCACCUUGAGCCCAGAGACACGGGGCCACCAGUGGCCACUGUACAGAACGCUGGCAUGCCACAUCCACUGGGGCUGUGUAGCACACCAUUAACUGCUGAGGACAGAGUGGUGGAGGCACGUUCUGAAGAUGGCAUAAAGGAGGUGGGCCCUGGAAACCACCAACCAUCAAAUGACAAUAACGCUACAAUGAAUAAUUCCCAUGGAGUUAAGACUACAAGACCAGCAUCAAGUGUUUCUCGACAAGAGUUACAAGCGCGGCGAAGAUGUAAAGCCAGGGGGCGAGUGAAGUCUGCCUUGCCGAUUGGAACAGGCCGGUCACGACCACCUCGUGUGAUCCUGCCAGCCACUCCGUCCGCUGCAGCUGCACAGUCGGGAGUUACCUACAUCCGAGUGGUGACAGUGCCUGUCACUCAGGCAGAGACGACAGAAGCCUCUGCAUCUUCAGCAAGCAAUGGAAGUACAGUUGGAAGUUCCUGCACCAAGAGCUUGAGUUCUGCACCCCCCUCAGGAUUGAAGCCCAGCACCUUAAAGCAACUGGGGCACUCGGUAUUGCACCCCAACUUUGCAGACGGAGACGAGCAGGCAAAAUUGAAAGUUUCUGCAGAGAGUGGCUCACCGCAAGCCAGUGCGGUUUCUGUUCGUACUGUGUGUUUGACUCUUCCCAAAACCAGCAAAGCCAGUGCCUUUGACCUGGGUUUGGCGACUUGCAGAGGGAAAGGGCGAUGUAAAAAUCCCAAAUGUACAUACGUGUACAUGAAUAGGUACAAGCCAGGGAUUUGUCCUGAGUGUGGCUAUGACUUCACAAGAGACAAACAGGAUAUCAAGCCAUCAAAACCUAUUAUAAACAAUAGCCUCUCCUUGGACCUGCUGAUUCCAGAGGAAGGGCUAACGCAGGCGUCAAAGGAAUUACAGCGUCAGACAACGCUGGUUCUGCUCAGGAGAACCGUCCAAAUACCAGAGAAUGAGGCUGAGCUGCACGAAAUCUUUAGUUUAAUUCAGGAACUCAACAGCUCGCGAUUGGUCUUGUCAGCUGUGAAUGAAACCAUCACCUUGGAACAUAACUCGUGGCCCAACUACUAUGAGGCUUCAGCCACCGUCUGUGGCCUGUGUGAGAGCCAGCUAUUCAAGGGUGGACACAAUUCAGCGGCAAGCCCUGAGGAGUGCUGGCUGCUGACAGAAAGCCAGUUCCAGGUGGUCAUAGUCCAGACCAAAGUCUGCAUGAAUCCACACUGCCUCGCACUGCAUAACUUCACCGACAUCAACUCAGGUUUAUUUAACAUUGGAAACAAGCUUUUGGUCAGUUUGGACUUGCUGUUCAAAAUCCGGAAUUGUAUUAAGCUUGGAGAAGAUCCCAGAGCUGUAACCACCCUGAUAUUGGACUCUGUUCAAAAAAUCACAGAGAAAACCUUGUCGGAGGAGCAGCUGAAUCAGCUCCGAGAGCUGGUGUGGAGUGGAUAUUGGGCGUUUGAGUCUCUGACCAUUCGUGAUUAUAAUGACAUGAUAUGUGGUAUCUGUGGAAUAGCAGCCAAGCUGGAAGUAGCGCAGAGAAACUCUGCCAAUGUUCUAGCACUAAAGAAUGUUGAGUUCACCUGGCCUGAUUUCCUCACCUCGGAUGAAGUUAACGUGGAGGAUUUCUGGUCCACCAUGGAGAACGAAGCCAUCGAGCAGGCGGUCUUCCCAUCCAGCAUUCCCAUCACGAAAUUCGAUGCCUCGAUAAUUGCUCCAUUCAUCCCGCCCCUCCUGAGAGGGCCUGUGGUGGUUAAUAGUGAGAAAGACAAAAACCCACAGCCACUGCCAGUUGCUGGAAAUCCAAGAAUGUUGGUAAGACUGUUGCAAGAUGAUGUUUUCAAGCCAGAGGAACUCAACUCCUACAGUGAAUCUGAACUGAGGAACUUGCUAACAUUGUGUAGCAUUCCCGUUCAUCCAGGUGACUCCAAGGAGCAGCUGUGUUCCAUGCUGUUCGCUUUGUAUGCCGACAUAUUGGAUGGAUCAGCUUCAAAGGAUCAGCCUCCUUGUGACGUGACGGGAGGGAAAGUCUACAAAGUGUGUCUGCAUCAGGUGGUUUGUGGAUCAAAGUACCUGGUGAGACGGGAGUCUGCCCGGGACCACGUUGACCUGCUGGUGUCCUCCCGCUACUGGCCCCCCGUCUACACGACGGACAUAGCUCCACACGUGGCGUUAAACGCAGAUGUCCGCUACCCUGACAUCACAGCGCAGAUGUGGGAACGCAAUCAAGGCUGUUUCUCCAACCCCCUGGACCCACCAAAGCAUGUUUCCUGCCCUGAGCUUCUCGAUCAACAGUACACCAUGGACAUAACUGUGUCAGAAGGCAGCAGUCAGCACCCUAUCACCAAGUCGAGCGUGCGUAGACUAGUGUGCCAAGAUGCUGACCAGAGCACAGAGGGGGAUGUGAUGCCAAGGCACCACUCCAUCGCCCUGUGUGAUGAACUGCAUCCGUAUCGUGACCUCCUCACAACUAUGGCCGGCAGUAAAGUGGAGAAUGUGCGGCAACAAGCUAUUAUUUUUGAAAAUGCAACUUACUACUAUUUAUACAAUCGCUUAGUGGACUUCCUGACGAGCAGAGACAUUGUCAACCAGCAGAUCAGUGAAGUCUUGCAGAGCUGCCAGCCUGGAGAGGUGGUGAUUCGAGAUAGUUUGUACAGACUGGGGAUAGCCCACCUGAACACGGAGAGUGAGACAGAGGAGCUGGCAUGACCACUGCGUGACUGGACCCAUAAUCACUUGUCAAGUAAUGUAUUUAUUCAGUACUCUAUUUAAUUAAAAUAUUAUGUGUUUGCGA